AUGUCAGAAGAAGCGUCUUAUUCUGUUGAAAAGUUUGACCAUGACAACGGUCAACCUAUAUAUUUAUCUGCAGAAAUUAGAGACGAGGAAUUAUUUAAAAAAUUCUUGGAAAGAUACAGAAAAGUUUUUCAAUUUGAACAAAACCAUCCUGGAGAGGAAAUAUCACUAAGUAUUAGUGGUGAGAGAGUGUUAUUUCAUGUUGAGACGCGUAAGGUAUCUUAUCAAGCAGGUUGCAAUAUGAACGAGGACGAGUGGAGAGCCGCUAUUAAGUGGAUUGAGAAACAAGAAAGAGAUGGUCCUUGGGUAGUCUCACCAGGAGAUGAUGACCAAAAAUCUGUGUCUCAGGAAGAUGAGGAGACAUUAUUAAGAGAUACGAUUGAGAGUGGAGAUGAGGCCGAGAGAGAGAGAGAGAUGCGAGAAAAAGAGAUGUGA